AUGCAAGACGCCGCGCCUCCUCAGGGGCCCCAAGUCCAGGAGGGACCUGGCGCCUGCUUUUUCGAUGGGGCAAAGUAUUCUACCUCUCAUUCUCUUUCGACCUUCGCCCCAUUUCCCUCUGCCCAGUUCCUCCAAGCUGAGUCUCAGUGUGCGCCUCUCAACGCGCACUUCCCGUCAUCUUCUGGCGUCUCGUCUCUGCCGCCCUCAACCUCGUCCACUCCCGUCCCUCACGCGAUGCUGCGAGACAAGCCGGACACCUCGCAGUUCUUCUCUUCAGCAAUGCCCUCUUCUCCGUGGGGGGGAAUGUCCCCCUCCGGAGAGCUUCCGUACUACUUUUCUCUUCCUUCAGCGAAGCACUCUGCGACCACUGCGGGCUUCGCGUCUCCCUUUCCCUCUCCCGCUCACGUGUCGUCCUGCGCCUCGUCUCCCGCCUUCGCGGCCUCCUCUCCUGCCUCGCCCUCCCCCGCUUCCACAGUCGCCUCAUCGGCAGGCGACGGACACCCGCCGUCUCCCCUGUGGCAACGGCCUCUUCAGACGCGAGACGCACGCGCCGCCCGUGGCUCCUUCCCUGGAGACGGCCGAAGACAAGGCCCGCAGGGACUCUCUGGAGCGCAAAAGCAUGAAGGGAUGACGCAUGCCUUCGCGCCCCAUGCAUAUCCUGGCCCUCCGCGCCCGCACGGCUUUCUUGGCUAUCUUCCUUCCUCGCCUCAUCCGUCUCUCCCUUCUUCGCUGCCGCAGUCGACGCCUUCGCAGGCGACUGCUCCGUCCGGUUUCCCUUCCUUCCCGCCGUCUGCGCUACCUCCAUGCUCUCCCAACCCGGCCUAUGCGUCGUACUCUCAAGCACAAUCUUCUCUUCGUCCCCGGCAAGACAAGCUGCGCAGAACCUCGGGGGGCUGGCUGCCGCCGUCGGCAAUCGCCGCCGCUGCGGCGGCCGCCGCGACCGCCGACGGGGCGCUCGGCGACUCGGCGCCUGAAGCGCAUGCGGUCGAGGAGAAAACCUCUGCGUCCUGGUCUCCCCCGUCUGUGUCGUCGCCUCCGUCUCACCCGCCUUCGGCCGACCCUCCGUCUUGUGGAAAUGCGACGUCUGCCCAAACCGACGGCGGCGCCUAUGCGCGAGAAGUUCUGUCUGUGCAGGAAUCCCCGUCGGACCCUUCUCAGGUCUCCGCGAGACUGCAGGCGACGCCUGCCGCCUCAGAGCCGUGCGAAGGCCGCGCCGCCGGCUCCGAAACACCAGGCGCAAAAGACUGCUUACCAGGAGACGCAGGCGCUGACGCCAGCGGGCUUCCGCUCCCCGCCGCGGCUGAAGGGACACCGGCCACCGUUCCGCGUGAAGGUACCGACCACUGGAACGGGGACGCGCAACCUUCGGCAGGUUUUCCGGCUUCCUGUGCAGUGGAAACGCCUGGAGGUGCCGGUGCGAGCGCAUGCAGUGAGACUGCAUCUGCGCCUGGCGAAGGAACCUCCCGGGAUGUCAACGGUGCGCCUGGCUCUCGGCCUCCUCUAAAGGCCUCGCCGCCUCCGCUCUCCCGAGCUUCUCCCGCGGCAAAGCGGCCGUCUCCGUCUGGGGGCUCAGCUGCGAAACGCGCUUCCUUUUCUUUGCCUUCGUCUUCUUCGGGGAGUUCCCAGGCCCUUUCCCGUUCGCCGUCCUCGUCGUCUGUGCUGGGUGGAGAAGACGGGGCAGCUGUGCUGUUGGACCAGCACGAGCGAGUUCUCGCGGUUCUCAGGAGGCGGCGCGAGGCGUCAGCCGCCUGCCUCCGGCUGCUUCGAGACGAAAUGGAACAUGAAACGAGGACGCUUCGCCAGCUCGAGACACGCGUCCGGUGGCGCAUGCAGCACCUCGUCAGCGUCUGCGGCCUCAGCUGCGCGAACGCGGACGACGCCGCGAAUCAACGGCCAGGCACAGACUCCGGGGAGGAGAACGUUUCACUCCGUUUCUCCUCCGCGCGUCCCCAGGGGACUGCCUCAGAGAAGGGCGAGACUUCACAAAUCGUCUCUCUUUCUUCGCCUAGGCAAAAUCCACCGCCGGAGGACGGGGAAGGGACGCGUGACGGUUCGGGAGUUUCCCCUUCUGCUGCGUGGCUCAGCGGUGAGGAGCCAGAAGGCGACGCAGCCGUCGCGAAGGAGAGAGAACGGAAGGAAGCAACUCGCGAUAGAGAAUCUGCGACAGGCGGCCGCGACUCUGGGCGCGGCGUCGCCAGUGGCGAGGGCGUCGAGGAGACUGCGAAGCACGCGGGACGAGGAGGGCCCGAUGCGAAGGCCCGACCAGAGGCGGAAGAGAGCGAGGAGACAGAGAUAAGAGAACAGCGUGAAGAUGAAGAGGAAGGAGGCUUCACACUCUCUUUCCACGCGUUCCUGGAACGCCGGAUUCGCCGAUCCAGUGCGCUGAGAGCUGCUGGCGAAGGAAGAUGGCACAUGGUCCCUGUGGCGAAUAGGGAGAAGAAGCGGAGCGGAACAGAGACGGGAGAGACGCAACCGAAGCCUGGUCAAGGCUCCAGCGCUCUGGCAGGAGCGGAGACAGUGACGGCGGGUAGCGACUCUAGGCCGGGGACGGCGGGAGGGGGGCGGUGCGCAGAAAGCCCGGAAGGCUGCCAGUCGCAAGGAAGCGAAACGCAUGCAGAUCGCGCAGCCAGCGAGCGAGGCGAAGAGGACCUCGGGCGCGAGAUAAAGCCCAACGAGACGCCCGAGGCAGGCGCAGGACAGGCGAGCCUCGUCGCGGUGCCGACGGAACAAGACGGCAGAGACAAAAGUGGGAGCAGCGGAUCGGCAAGAGGUGGGGACGACCCGAAACCGCGUGUGCAGUCGGCGAGAACAUCGGCGUCCCUUCCCCUCGGUCCGUCGUCGACGCUUCAGAACCUGGAUGAAGUUCAACUCCAGCUGCUGUGGCUGAAGGGGAAGAGGCCGAAGACGGCAGAAACUGGCGAGGCGAGGCCAAACGACAGCGGCCAGACACCUGAAACCAGUGUCUCCGUUCCGGAAGAAAACGGUGCGAAUCCAGCCUCCUAUCUCGAUCGCCUCGGAGUUGCAGUGGCAACUGUCACUUGGCAGGACUCACCAUGGAAUUUCGCCAUUCCUUCUUCUCCUUUCUCGUCUUCCUCUUUCUCCUCUGCCUCGCCGUUUCAAGCUCCGAAGGCAGACCACACUGGUGCAGUGCAGCCUGCUUCUCCGCAGCCUUCCAGCGCAGCGUCUCCUUCGGCUUCGGCGUCUCCUUCCGCGUUAAGUCACGCUUCCACUUCCAGCUCGACUGCGGCCUUGUCUCCGGCGUCUCUGGAGAACGAUGGCAAGGGGCGUCUGUUCCGCUGGGAAACGUACGCAGAGAGUGGAGGCGAGUCGGAGGGCGAAGAGACAGAGAAGGCGCUAGCGUUGCUGAAAAAUCGCGAGACCGACAGAGCGCGUUCCAUAGCCAUCCACGAGACUCGUCAGCGGCAGUACAAACAGGCGCUGGCGGAGUAUCACUCUCAGUUCUACAAGCUGCGCUUCCAGCAACUCGCAGAGAUAAAGGCAGUUGAAGGUUCACGUGUCGCGCCGGCCUGGAGGCCUGGACACGGAGCGCCGCUCUCUGCGCCCGUUUCUGCUUCGUUUGCGGGCUUCCGUUCCCCCUGUGCAUUUACGACGCCUCCACCCGGUGAUGCCUUCUCUUUCCGGCCCUUCAGUCCCUCUGCGCCUGCGCAGGUGUCUCCCUGCGAGGGCCCGCGGCCGACGGGAGGCGCGCGGGAAAUCUCUGGAGAAGAGACGCACCUGCAUGCACGCUGGCAGGGUCCAGCGAUGCAUCCGUUCUACCGAGCGUCGAUGCCGGCGAGUUCGCCGCUGCCGUUUCCUCCGCCCUCCGUCUGUUCUCCUCCGUGGCCUGGAAAUGUGCCUGGAUUUCUAAGCCCCCCGGUGAGCCACGGGGAGGCGAGACCGAUUUUCUCGCCUCUCCACCCUUCUUUUUCGCCUAUUGUUCGCACGCCAGAAGGCGCGUGCAUGCGCCCCGGCCCUGGCGCAGGGGCUCUCGAGCCGAAGCUGGACGUGACGCCGUCUGCGCUUCCCAUAACGGAGGGGAAGAAGCGCGCAAGAGACGGCUCCGGCCUCGACGGCGAACAAGGCUCCAGUGAGGGGCCCGCCGGACCGCAGGGACAGGAGGCGAGCGAGAAGAAGGCCCGACUCGCGGUUCGGCACUCAGCGCCUCGGCAACGGCAGCAGCCGCGCCCGAGACAGAAGCUGCCGAAAUCGGAGCCGAAGCGAAGGGGUGGGAAAGAAGAGAACUCCCCGGGGGUGUUGCCUCAAGUCCCCCCGGGCGAUCUCCACACCAGCGUCGCCCCGCCCUCACUCCAGGCUUUCCCGGGAAGUUUCCCCAACGCAUGCGCCUAUGCGGCCUUCACACCAAGUGCAUCUGUCAGCCCCGCACCGGAGGCUCUCGGCUGGAGUCCAGCGUCGCAUGCAGUCGCCCCUGCUUCGGUGGCGCGGCCUCCAUUUCCUGCGCGCGCGCCGCCCGCAGCGAGUGUCUCUCCGGGACGGCCUCGUCUCGGAUCCGAGGCGAGCAGCGAAGAUGGCAGAGCGCCUUCUUCCAAGGUUCGCUGUGCGCGACGGAAGACGGACUUUUCGUCGUCUUCCCCGAUUGUCGCGGGAACGGGGACAGAGCCCGCUGGGGACUGUUCCGUCGAUGCAGGGCCGCAUCCAGGGACCUUCGCCUUUGCUGCCUCGGAGGCCGGCGCGAGAGACGGGCUGCCUGUCUCGCCCUUUCCUGGGCGCGACGGGAAAGGCGGAGAGGGAGGAGGAAGUGCCGAAAAGGGGAAACGAAUCGAGAGGCGCUGA